AUCUGCUCUCGCGCUCGUCUCCAGCGAUGGCCGCCGACGCGCUCGCCAUCAUCCCCGGCGCCGUGCUGCGCAACCUCGCCGACAAGCUCUACGAGAAGCGGAAGAACGCCGCGCUCGAGAUUGAGGGGAUCGUAAAGCAACUGUCCACUGCCGGGGAGCACGAGAAGAUAGCGGCCGUGAUCGGCCUGCUCACCAGCGAUUUCGCCAUGUCCCCGCAGGCGAACCACCGGAAGCAGGGCGGAUUGAUUGGUCUCGCGGCAGUAACCGUAGGGCUCACAAGUGAGGCUGCGCAGCACCUCGAGCUAAUUGUGCCUCCUGUGCUUAAUGCGUUCCUGGACCAAGAUAGCAGAGUGCGCUACUAUGCCUGUGAAGCGCUAUAUAACAUAGCAAAGGUUGUAAGAGGGGAUUUUAUCAUCUAUUUCAACAAGAUUUUUGAUGCGCUAUGCAAACUGUCAGCAGACUCUGAUGCGAAUGUGCAAAGUGCAGCUCAUCUUCUUGAUAGGCUUGUCAAGGAUAUUGUAACUGAGAGUGAUCAGUUCAGCAUAGAAGAAUUUAUACCUCUCUUGAGAGAGCGCAUGAAUGUGCUGAACCCUUAUGUGCGGCAAUUUUUGGUGGGGUGGAUCACUGUUUUAGACAGUGUGCCUGAUAUUGACAUGCUUGGUUUCCUUCCUGAUUUUCUUGACGGUUUAUUUAAUAUGCUGAGUGAUAACAGUCACGAGAUAAGGCAGCAAGCAGAUGCAGCACUUUCAGAGUUCCUGCAGGAAAUAAAAAAUUCACCAAAUGUAGAUUAUGGUCGUAUGGCUGAAAUUCUUGUUCGGAGGGCAGGCUCUGAUGAUGAAUUCACUCGUUUGACGUCUAUCACAUGGAUCAAUGAGUUCGUGAAGCUUGGUGGGGAACAGCUAGUCCCGUACUAUGCAGAUAUCUUGGGAGCUAUCUUACCAUGCAUUUCUGAUGAAGAGGAGAAAAUCCGAGUGGUUGCUCGUGAAACCAACGAGGAACUUCGAGCUAUGAAAUCUGAUCAAACCGAGGGAUUUGACAUUGGAGCAAUUCUUAUAAUUGCAGAGAGAGAAUUGAAUAGUGAACAUGAAGCCACUCGGAUUGAGGCAUUGCACUGGUUUUCCACUUUGCUAGUUCGAAAUCGUAUUGAGUUCUUGGGAUACCUUGAAGGCAUUUUUGAACCACUUCUAAAUGCGCUCUCCGAUCCUUCAGAUGCGGUUGUCCUUUUAGUGUUGGAAGUUCAUGCACGCAUAGCUGAAGAGUCUCAUCACUUCCGUCAUCUUGUGUCUUACUUAAUUCGCACUUUCCACAACAAUCAUGUUCUGCUGGAGAGGCGUGGCGCUUUGAUAGUUCGUCGACUCUGUGUUCUUUUGGGUGCUGAGAAAGUAUAUCGCGAGUUUUCUACUAUUCUCGAGAAGGAAGGUGACCUUGAUUUUGCAUCCACCAUGGUUCAGGCAUUGAAUUUGAUUUUGCUCACAUCGGCCGAACUUGCCGAGCUGCGGUCUCUUCUUAAGAAGUCAUUGGUUGAUUCUCGUGGGAAGGACUUAUUUUUAUCUUUAUACCCUUCUUGGUGCCACUCUCCAAUGGCUACAAUUAGCUUGUGCCUACUUGCUCAGGCGUACAAUCAUGCGAGCUCUGUUAUUCAAUCUCUGGGAGAAGAAGACAUAAAUGUGAAGUUUUUGGUGCAGUUAGAUAAAUUGAUCCGCCUGCUAGAGACUCCAGUAUUUGCUUACCUGCGUUUACAGCUCCUUGAGCCUGGAAAACAUACUUGGCUUCUGAAAACACUCUAUGGUCUCCUGAUGCUCUUGCCUCAGCAAAGUGCGGCCUUCAAGAUCUUGAGGACUCGACUGAAGACAGUGCCUUUCAGUGAAAAUCUCAAGCGCACAUCUUCUGCAAAUCCAUACUCUCAAAUUCUACAAGUGACGGAAGAUGGCAAUAGAAAUCAAGAUACACCAAACUAUAGUGCAAUCAAUUUUCCGUCCCGUCUCCAGCAGUUCGAGAGCAUGCAGCAGCAACACCGAGACCAUUUGAAGAAUCAACUGCAAUCUAGAAAGUCCGCUUCGGCAGCAGUAUUAACGCAGGAGAUUCAAAGAUACGAAGAAUCACAUUCCUCGUCGGUACCAGAGAUAAGCAGGCCCCCUUCAAGAGCAUCCAGAGUCAUUUCCUGAUGCAUAUGGAUGCUUGUGGUGUGUGAUACAUUUGCAGGAAGGAUCGUCACAAAUUUGUUGGGGCUUGGUUAGUCUCCUUUAGUUUUUUUCAAAGGAGGUUGCAUAGGGGGGUACAUAGAGUGUAAUCUUUUUGUUUGGUUCCUAGAUUUUGUCAUGGGACGGCAAUUAUUUGUUGGAGAAAGCUCGUUUCCACUCUCUUUAGCCAUUUUUUUUUUCCUUAGCUGUUUUACUGCUCAUCUGGUUUCUGUAAUUUUUCAAUUGAAGGCCAAAUGAGCAUAGUAGCAUUUGGAGAGAUGAUACAACUGUUCUGCUUGUCAAUCUCCAAUAAAUUUAGAGAUGCGGUGUAAAUUUCUGCCCC